GGCUGGAUCUGAACCCGUGGUUGCUCUGGUUACCUUGAAGGAGGGGGAAAAGACGUCUUGUUAGUUUCGGCUCCCUGAGCAACGGCGGGGAACGCUGGGCCCCUGGUGAGCUUCUCUGCGUCUCCUGGUGACACUUGCCAGAUUGAUAGCCUGCAGAAGAUCUUUAAAGUUACACUGAGAGCUUCAAGUUGUCCACCCCAGCUGAGAGCUUCAGAGGCAUCCAUCUUAUUGAAUUGGCAGCAUAUGGGUAGACCAUGCAACUUUAGAACUCAUCUGAGCCCAUUGUUCUGGGUUUCUGUUUAUUCUGUCUCUCUCCUUCGGAUGGAAAUAUUGAAUGAAUCCUCCAUGUGACCUGCUUUCUCGAGUCUUGUCCUCCGGGUCUUUGCAGAAAUUGAUGAAAAGGCACAAGUGAAUUAUCUUGCCUAUCUUUUUGUACUGAGGAAAUUAUUCCACUCCACUUCACUGCUUUAGCUUCCCUCUUGGGAAUGCAGGAAUGGCCAGAAGAGGAAGCAAUGGCUUCAGAGGGCAGCAACACAAAGAGAAGGAGUCAGAAGAAGAUGCUGAACUCGAGGGGAGAAGAUAUGGAGCCACCCAGAUAGGAGAAGGCAACCUUGCGGGGAAUUUGGGUUGCUGGAACUUGUCUUCUUCGCAGGAGAUUCUGGAAGACGACGAACUUUUGGGGGAAUUGAAGGACUAUCAACACCUUUUGCAAGAAGAUGAGCACGGUUUUGAUCUCAGCGAACUUCAGGAUCUCGAAUGUGCAGGAGAUGUCAAUGCCGCAAGUCCCCUGCCUGAGGAUGAAGGAAGUCCCAAGGAUCUUGGCCUGAGGUCUUACUGGCAGCCAGAUAAGAUGCAUGAAGAAGGCAGCACUGAGCGACCGGAGAAGCCGAGAGGGACGUGGGGCAUCGGCAGCCAGGAGGAUGUUUAUCCUGAGCUUUCCUUCGAGGGUCAGUUUGGUUCGGACUUCAGCCCCAGUCCUGAGGCCCUACAAGACCCUCUGGCUUUAUAUAAAUGCAGCUUUGUCUCAGAUAAUGUGGAUGACGAGCUGUCUGAGAGCUCCAAUUUCAGCCCUUCACCCUGUGGUCCUCCUCCAACGUGCGCCCAACUGGAAAUUGAACCUCGGAGCCUGGGUGGGGAUGGUCUGGACUUCCCUGAAGAUCGAAAGCUCUCCUUGGAGUCAGGGAGAAGCCUGGAAAGCCACAGGCUCAGUUCUCUAGCAAGUUCCUUGCAGUACAGUCAGAGGCUCUUGGAUUUUCAGUCCCUAGAAGAUCUUCAGAAUUCUCCCAGCAUGGAUGCUGAGGCUUUUCCAGAACUAUCAUGGAUGGAGAACACAGGACAACCUCUUGAGAAAGAACCUCCAGCUGAGACAGUGCAAAUCACCCAGCAGCAUGCUUCGAAUGCCAGUAAGACUGAGGAAAGACUUUUGGAUUCAAGAAAGGUAACACAGACACCCCGUGCCCAGAGGCGAGUUGGUUGCCGGCUGGAGGAGCGAACACAGAAGCUGAAAGCAGAUGUGCCCCGUGGGCUAUUGCCUAAAGGCACAAGGCAAUCCAGGUCUUUGAGCCCUCAGCGAAGUACCAGCCAGAAAAAGUCUGGGCAUCUUGCUCUAAAAGAGCCAAACCGGGAAAGUCACUCAACCCCUGGUGCAAGAGACAUCACGCAAUAUGGCCGAGGGCAACUCAACUACCCGCUACCAGAUCUGUCCAAAGUGGAGCCUCGGGUCAAGUUCCCCAAAGAUCCCCAAAGCUACCAUCCACCCCCAGGAAAGAUGUCCCCUGCCAGUAGCAAGAAGGUUAGGAAGCCCGUGAUCUUCAAGUCUCCUGCCGAGAUUGUCCGAGAAGUGUUGCUGAGCAGCGGAGAAGGAUCCCCCCAGAAAUGCCCUGCUCCCACAGUCUCCGUUAUUCCUGAGGAACUGAAAUCCCCCAGACAGGCCACGGAGCUGGUGCAUCAGCUUCAGGAAGACUAUCACAAGCUGCUAACCAAGUAUGCGGAAGCUGAGAAUACCAUUGACCGGCUGCGGCUGAGCGCCAAGGUGCGCCUGUAUAGCGAUCCUCCAAAGCCCAGCCAGGCAGUUGAAACGGGGAGACUAUCAGAGGCGUCCAAAGUCGUAACCUUCAGCAUCCCUCAGAUCAGGACUGCUGAGAUCGCAAGCAAGUCCAACAGAGACGCAUCCAAGGGUGCUCAGGGUGAAGGAUUUCCCGGACAGCUGGGGCAACCCUCAUCCUUGAGCGAUUCCACGGGCACGGCUGCUUCCAGAACAAAUAGUCCCAUCUCCACCAAAACGCCUUUCUUGGGUGAUCAUCUCACGCAAUUGUUAGCCGCCCAGGCCGGUAAAUUUCAGACGCAGAUGGAGUUCUUGGAGGAGUUAAUUCAAAUGGAUAGACUGGAGGCCCUGGACCAGCUAAAGGGGUUUGCAAGACUUAAGGAGGCUCAGCAAGCUCUGGAACGAGCUUACCUACAGGCUCGAAACAAGUAUCAGCAGCUGCAGAAUCAGAAGGAACCUGUGGAGACACUAGGAGAAUUUGAUCCCAAUCGAUCAGUGGAAGGCAACAUCUUCCAUCUGGGGAUGCGUUUGGAGGCACUGAAAGAGCGAAUCGAGCAGUCUGCGUUGAAUGAAUGGGUUGCACCAGACAGUUCCCCACUGGUGGUCCCAUCACAUCCCUGCUUUCCAGCCCAGCUUUCUGAGGAACAAGUGGGAUCCCCAACACCAUCCCUCCAGGCCCCAGUCCCAGCUGUCUGCAUGCCAUACCCCGAGGCUUCAACCCCCAAGAGAAGCUUUGCUCAAGUCCAGCUGGAGGGGGACUUCAGUUCCAUCAGUGAUGGGACUGCUGAAGAAGAGGGAGAUUUCCUGGAGCUCCCCCAACCUUGCAAGCACCAAGAGGAGGAGAACUUUGAUCACCUCCUGGACCAGUGCAGCAGCUUCAAAUCUUUGCCAGAGGCCUUGAGUCACAAACACAAUGCUUCCUCAGAGGAACUGGGCAGUGCAGCCACAGCUGCUGCUGGGACAAAGGCUGGGUCCUUACAGAAGUCAUCUGCAGCUAAUAAGAAAACUCCCACCACCUCCAAGGAACUUCAACAGGAUGUGGUGCCUGAGGUCCCAGUGAGAAAGGUCCAGCAGCCAGCAAGCCAGAUCAGACAUGUGUCCUCCAUCCAAGCAGAAGCAGCUCUUCAUGAAUCUCCAGAAAGUAACAGCCCUAUGGUUGUUGGUCCCAGGAUGUCUUCUAGAAGGCAGCAAGCACCAUUUUCCUCUCAUAGCAGCACAGCUAGUGUGGUGGGAAGCAUGGCCUCAGAAUCUGCACCUCCAAACAUUUCCCAGAAGAUGAACACAACAUUCUGUGAGGAUCUGCGCAUUCUCUCUCCAGAGACAGACAGUGGUUUUGUGGGAUCAGAAACCAGCAGGGCAUCUCCUCUGGCACAGAUGGCUAAGCACCAGUCAUCCAAGAGGAGGUCCCAUAGCAUCCAGAGACCAUCACCUAUACUUGAUUCACCUCCCUGCUCACCAUCCUCAAACAAAGUACCAGCUGCAAUGACGUGGUUGAGACCAGACAAAUCACUGGGGCAAGUAAGGCCCCAGGGUGAGAGAAGCCAACACACCUCAGCUAAAAGAAACCCCUUCCAGCAGAACUCUCCCUGCAGGUGGACAAAUGAGAUGGAGCCAGACAGCAAUGAGAACUCUCCCACUGACUCUGAGACAGAAACUCCCCAUGGGAGAAAUGCCCCCAGUUCCUGCCCAACUUCUCUGAACCUGGCCCAGACUCACCACAACUUUCUUGAUUCCCGCUUGGAACGAGACCAAGCCAUUGCAGCUUUGCAGCACGAAGUCUCCCAGUUGCGGCAAAGUCUAGAAGAGACGCUCCAUCGACACUCCUCUUCUCCCCACCUAUCUAGAGUCCAGGCCAGUGCUCGCCUUUCUCCAAGUGUCACUCCAGCAGGAACCUCAGGGAAAAGCAUGGUGGAACCUGACCAAUCAUUUCUGGCCACAGAACCAAAAGGGAGGACACAGAAACCAUCUUUGGCUGAGGACAGAUCCCAGCUGGAUUUCAAUCCUUCAGGGUCAGAUGAUGCACCAUCAAAAUCGCGGAACAGAAGACACCAUGCAGCUUCCAAGCCAAAACCCUCAAAACAGUCUACUGUCCGGGGCUCUUACACAGGGACAUGGUAUCCCACUUCAACUCCUGAGUCUCAAGAGCCAAAGACCCUCCAAGUCUCUGCUCUCUGUCUCCGUUGCCGAAAUGUCAAAAUGCAGCAUGGAGAAGCCGCUGCAAGUCACGCGGAUGACACAGAAACCAAAGGCCAUCAUUCCCCAAGGGAUGGAUCCAGACCUCCUAAGCAAAGCGCAGCUGAGGAACGGUUAUGUCAUUCAUGUAAGGAUUCUGCAAACUCCAGAAGCAAAGACACAGCCGGGGCGGGAGAUCGCAAAGAGAAUGCUCCAGACGAACGCCCUACAACACAACCAAAAGUUAACCAGCAACCAAAACAGACAGGCCUCUGGUACUUGGCGGUGCCAUCUGCAGCUACCUCUGUCAAUUACAUCCCUGCUAUUCCCUUGGCACCGUACCCUCUCUCUUCUGUAAUCUAUUCUCCUCCACUCGGCACUACCUCAAUCUGCUCCUCCAUAGCUCUUCCUGGUUACGAUUUUGGCAGGCAGCAGGCCACGCAGUGGGAAGCAUCGCGGCAGCAUCCCCGAGAUCCUCAGUGCUGCCCCAGGACCUUCAGCUGUACCAGUUUGGAGGACUUGAGCUGGCCUUUAAGCCGUGCUGUGGAAGCAGCCAGAGACAUGAAGUUCACCACCCAACAGAUGAGCAAGUCUCUGAGUUGGGCCCUAAGGAAAGCGCGGAGUCCGAGAGCAUCUCGCCUCUUCUGAUGAGAUUGGACCAAGAGGGUAGAAACCCACUUCCUGGAUUUAGUUGAACUGGGAACAAUAAAGUUGCCCAACAUCUGGGCAUUGGAACCUGCACAGAAUGUUUCUCGUGUUUCAUAUGCCAAAGAAAAAUGCUGUAACCCCUUACUUAAGAGGGGGAAAUAGCAUAUCCCCAGUGUUGGGGAAGUAGUGUUUUGCUCCCUUCCCUGGGCAACUGGGAUGACUUCUGCUUUUUGAAAGCCACCUUUCUCCUGACUUUGGCUUCUUCUCAGGGAUGAUGAUGAUGAUGAUAAUGGGCAGCUCUGGCACAAGAGGCAAUGUUGCCUCGUGCAAGAAAGAUGAAGAAAGGAAAAACCGAGAUGCCUGCAUUGUUCAAGUAUAUUUUGGGGAAGGUUUACAUUUUAACUUUGGCCAAAGGCCUUUGAUCUCUUGUGCCUUUUUCCAGCAUGGGGUGUACCCCCAGUGGAGUUUAUCCAUUCGUGAUUUCACCUUAAGUCCUACAACUUUUCAGUUGGCACAUCAGCAGAAGGUGGGCUGUGACAGCUGUUCUUCCGUCAAGAAAUGGGUGUACUUAAGCAAGCUAAUUUAUCACUUUUCUAAGAAAUCCAGUGGACGUGAUGGUUCAUCUCACAGAUACCAAGGCACUGUUGCUAUUCUUGCUGUAGAAGUCAUCUGCCUUCUCUCCCAAGCAGGUGACCUUCCUUCAUGCAGCGAAAGCCAUCUUCUCCAUGCUGUGAAUCGAUACCUGCUGCUGUCUAUUUAGCGGCACCCGACAUGACAUCAAUACACCGAAGGUUCCCUAUUAGAACUUCCUCUAGGUACCCAAAGAGCGGAAAGCUUAACGCAGCACAAUUCACUUUACUUUUAGAAUACAUGUGUGAUAAUGUAUGUUGUGGGUGAAUCGCUCAAAAUGCGAGCUGAAUCGUUGAUUCAAUGCGGACAAAGGUGUGGUUCAAUGUGUGAACGCACCUCAAAGGGAUUGGAAAGCAAAGCUGAAUUUGCUAAGACCUGUGUGCAUUUGGGAUAAGCCAUUCCUUCGUUUGUGUCUGUGCCUGUUCUGAGAGAAAGACGAAAUGGCUGUGUAAAGAUGGUACUUGCAAUCGGAAUGUAUAUAUGCCUGUUAAAAACUUGUUGCUCCGACUGAGAGCCCUGACUGACCAUGUUUAAAACUGAUCUUUAAUCAUUUAAGGAAUGUUUCCCCAAUACAAAGAGUACUCUUGCUUUGUUUUUAUAUUUCUGCUCUGAUACGGAGUCCUCUGCCUGUUUUGGACUACAGCUCCCACGGCUAGGUUGACUCUGCCGUAUGGGGACUGUACUACAGGAGGGUCUGGUGGGAAGCAGUAGGCCGCGUCCUAUAGUCCCAACUGGGAACCUAUUCUUUGGAUCUCAGGCACAAUUAAUUUAUGAGGAAAUCAAUAUGGAAACUACCAUCUGGGCCCAGCUGUUUUGUGUCUUUGCUCAAACAUGGGUUCCCUCUGACUGUGCCCUCCAGAUUAAUUUCCAAGCCCUGAAAGUGGCGUUCUUUCUCCAGGUUACAGAAGAACAUUGGUUAAGAGGAGAAGCAACAUUUGUAGAGCAUGUUGAUUUGAAUCAGGGUUAACCUUGUUUAUGGAGGGGUUUUAGUGGUUUACCAUACUAUGUGAGUGCAGCCGUUGGCUAGCUAAGAUGGAAAAACGGACUGCUAAAGAACAAUGCUGGGAGGAAAAUCAGCGGUGGCUUGAUAGGAAUAUUAUUUGGAACCGUUACCGGUUGCCAGUGCUCAAAAUGGGUGAUUGCUUGGAGUCACCCUGUUCCUUAUUAUUUGGCAUGGGGUCCAUCUGUAAAGUAGGUUGUCUCCAGCCAAAAAUCUGUCCCCUCCUAAUUUAGGUCAUAGCCUCCAGCAGUAACAUACCAACUGGAUUCCCAAGCAGUCACACGGUAAUAAGAUUCUAAUAAGAGGAUCAGAGUUGCCACACUGUGUCUUCCUACGUGUUGCCCUCCAGCCAACCCUGCAUCUAUUUUUGAACCCAGCAUUUUAAACCCAGUGCUUAGUCCCUGGUACUGCAGCCAUGGGAGCCACAAAAAUUGGGUCAGGCGUUGCAGGCAGAGUUAAUGAGUUUCCCCUCAUUUUAGAAAGUAACAUUUAAGCUCUGGAGCGCGUAGGAAGUUAGCCUGGCAAGAAUGGUUCUGACCAGGGUUUUCCAAGAUUUUUUCUGCCUACUUUUGAACUUAGCAUCCUAGGUAGGUUAUGUAUGUUAAUUUAGAAGACAGAGAGCAGAAUGUGUUAAUUUAGAAAGCAGACAGGGGAACUGUGAGUUUGAAUGCUGCCUCAGUAAACCAUGGAAGGUUCCGAUUUGCAUGGAAGCAUUUGUAAUGCAAGAGGAAAACAUAUUCCCCUUAUGAGUUGUUCUCUCCUGUUGAAAACAGGGGCAUUCAUUCCCAUUCUCACCCGCUGAAGGUCAUGCGGGUGAAAAAUUCCACUCAGAGCCCACGAAAGCUCUCCAGUUCUAAGAAUGGGGCAUCAGAAAGCUCUCAUUGGCAUCCAUGGACCUUCCCUAAUUGUCAUUUGGAUCCUUUGCGAUUGGAAUGGGGAAAAGGCCAGCGUUGUAGCGUUCUCAUUUUCUUAAACGGUAGCUGUGUUUUUGUUUAGCUGUUAAAUGAACGAUUGGGGCAGUUGUGUUUUUCUGUUAAUAAAUGCCAUGAUGUA